AUGGCGGAAGUUGUCGGGUUGACGGCGGGCCUGGUGGGUUUAACCACCUUCGCUUUCGAAUCUAGCAGGACGUUAUGGGCCAUGCUAGACGAAUACAGAAAUCAGAGCCGAAAUGUCCGCGAUCUCAAGCAGGAGCUUGAGGCACUGAAUGGCGUGUUGAAAACUUUACAAGAAACGGCUGACCACGCCGAUGACGGCUUGGCCGCACUGAAACUCCCAUUACUUCGUUGCGGGCAAGCCUGUCAAGACUUUACUGCGAUUGUGACUCAAUGCACGACACGUACUGGAAAGGAUAAGAGCAGUUUUCGUGACUGGAUGAUGCUCAGGUAUCAUGAGAAGGACAUCGGCGGUGUCAGAAACCUGAUAGCGGCAUACAAGUCCACCAUCGCGAUCGCGCUGGCGAACGUCAACAUCCACAAUGUAAAGGUAACUCAGUCGCUUCUUGAAGAGUACAAAAGCAUGAUUGAUCGAACGAUGUCCGACCUGGAGGACGUUCUACGAGACCGUCAACCACAAACAGUUGCUCCGAAACCACUGCAGCCGGCUGGGUACGUUGGACAGCUGGAUGUAGCCGAGGAGAGAGCUAGCCUCGAACACUGUCUAUCUAUAUGCAAUCGGCUCUCGGAUCAGCUAGACAGGAUCCAGGAAGAGAACUUCGCUACUGGCAGCCAACGACAGGGGAAUGGAAUCAGCGUCGCAAUGGACAACCCCAACCAAGCCAGGUUCAUCACGACCAUGAGAAUAAGAGACUGUAAGGCUGGGCUUGCUCUGACCUCGUCCGAGCUCCAAGCACGACUGAAAGAGAUCGAUGAGCGACUAGCAAAGCUCUCCACGGACUCCCGUCACAACCACCCAUCGGAGGGCCUCCACAAUGUCGGCCGAACGUCUGACAGAGAAGAAGUGGAGAGCAUUCGCAAGUGCCUUGCUAUAUGUGCGGAUGCUACAGAUGAGGCGUCGAAAGGUCGUGUCAACGUAUUCGAGGAUGUGAAAAUGUCUGACGACGGCCAUCAGGUGAUCGUGGCUACUCUGGGCGACUUGAUAUCAGCAAAGCGCAUCACUGUUGGAUCGCGAUCGGUACAAGUGUUAGGUCAAAUGUCCGAUGAAUCGCUCCAACAGUCCCUCAAGUCUGCUAUCAAACGAAACGAACAAGCCGCUCCUCCGAGUCUGACAACACCAGUUGUUGAUUCCAAGAAAUUUGUGGUGAAGCACGGAGUCGGCCAGAAGCUGGAACAGUAG